UAUUACAAAGGGCAACAGCCGGGGAGGAAUUGGUGGUGCCUCGUGGUUACGCAGCCAGGCCUGCUGGGCGCUUAAACCAGCGCGUCCAGUCGGGCAGUAUUAUUUUUCUACAUUGUAAAUGAGCCUGAGGCAUAAACCCGCUUACAUUUCUGUACGGCAGUGUACUUGGUCAGGGAGCUCAGUCGCACUGACAGAGCUGGCACAGAGUUCCCUUGGGACUCCAGACUUGACUGUCUUGUUGAAAGGCUUGAGAGCCUGCUUUGGAAGUCACUUGGCAAGGCACAGCUUUGCCGUGAUUUUGGUACUUGAAUUCUGACUGUAAUGUCAAUGCCAUGUGUUAGCCUUUCUCCAGAAGUUAUAAAAGCAGAAUGAGCGUUAAGAAUCUGAUUACCUUUUAACUAAAUUCAAAACAAAGUUGCGGGAUGAAGUGAAUGGAAGUCCUUCAAGUCUGACUGGGUAUUACUGCUAUGCAUGUUAUCCGCCUGUCUACCGAUCGUUCCUGCCUCUUGUUCAGUUGUGGUAAUUCCUUUGGGUAAUGCGUUGGGGCUCUAGAUGUAGUGAAUCUUGACUUCCUCCUGACCCCCCGAGGUGUUACCGGUCUUUGCCUUCCUUAAUUUUAAAACGGUGUGGGAAGGCUAGAGAGACUGGAAGCCUCGGCUGUUGUGUGUGGAGAAGCUGUCGGCCUUCUAAGAGAGCAUGUAGCCAGCAAGCGCAUCGUGGUGCUUCGGUACCGAGCUGAUACCACAGGCCUCAAUCUUUUUGUGAAAAGAGAUCACAAGGAAAUGUGCUGAUGUUGAAGGGGGAGAGGUGGCGGGGGAAGAGUGCUGUGAGUCUUGACAAAUUUAGGAAGAGCCCAAGGGAAAUUUUUCAUCCUGAGAUACAAAAGGAUUUAUUGGCUCUUGAAGAGCAAGAGGGACCUGUGAAUUUUAAAUUUGGAGUCCUUUAUGCUAAGGAUGGGCAGCUUACAGAUGAUGAAAUGUUCAGCGAUGUGUGCGUUCCCACAAUUAAGUGGUGUGGAGCUGAAGGGGACUACAAUGUAAUGGUGAUGGAGCCGUUUGGACCGAGUCUUGAAGAUCUCUUCAGUUUUUGUUCAAGGAAAUUUAGUCUCGAAACAGUCCUAUUACUUGCUGACCAAAUGAUUAGUUGAAUUGAAUAUGUUCACUCUGAGAACUUCAUCCACCGAGAUGUGAAGCCAGACAACUUCUUAAUGGGCCUUGGGAAGAAAGGCAAUCUUGUCUACAUAAUAGACUCUGGUUUAGCAAAGAAGUAUCGAGACUCUCAAACUCACCAACAUAUUCCAUAUCGUGAAAAUAAAAACUCAACAGGAACUGACUGUUAUGCAUCCAUCAACACUCAUCUUGGAAUCGGCAAGCUGGAGAAAGCAAUACAUAGAAACUUUAAAAGUGUUGAUGCACAUAAUUUUAGCACAAGUAGAUGUUGCUUUAAUGAGGCAUAGAGUAUGAUCCUUAUUUAUGGCACUUAACAGUGCAGUGUGCUUGGCCUCUUAUCUCUUGAUUGGGUGGGAAUUGGUCAGAUUGUAAUUCUCAGGAAUUAGCACGUUUUUUUAAUAAUUGCAAGGGUGAUAGGCUUUUUCUUGUACUGGAUGAGUUUAUCAUGGGCAUAGUAACUCUCAGCUUUCUCUUGUUUUUCAAAGGGUUUUUAUGAUGGUCUUGUUGCACAGUCUUUUGUUUUUCCAGUACUCCUAAUGAGUCCACUUUUUUAUACUGUUGUAGAGCAAUCUCGCAGGGAUGACUUGGAGUCCUUGGGCUAUGUACUGAUGUAUUUUAACCUGGGCUCCCUCCCCUGGCAGGGACUGAAAGCAGCAACAAAGAGGCAGAAAUAGGAACGUAUCAGUGAAAAGAAAAUGUUUACACCCGUUGCGGUUUUGUGUAAAAGGAUAUUCUUGUAAGUUACUUUUCCGCGGCACUAGGCUUACGUGUUCAUGGUUUAGUGGGAUUUCUUUUUGCUUUACACUGAAUUCUACCAGUCUUUUUACUUGUCCCUCUCUUUUUUCCUUUUUUUUUUUUUUCUAAAUUCCCCCAACCCCGCCCAUGGUUGGGCGUGUCUGUGAUAAAGAUACUGUGCUUUGAAGACUGGGAUCUUUCUGUUGAUAGACCAUUUCUAAUUAUCCUUUGUCUUAACUAUUAGUAAACAAUCAUUGAGGUGCCCUCAAUUCAAAGGGUAGCUUAGUACAUCUGAUUUGCACUGUGUUGUGUGUGCAUGUGUUGGUGUUGGCUGGAUAACUCUUGACGGCAAACAGCAUUUUGAGAAACUACCCAUUUCUUCAUAUGGGUGGGUACUGUUUCUUGAAUUAAUUAGAUUGCAUAGUCAGAUGCACAUAUUGCAGUUGUUUCACUUGAGAAUUGUCGUUCCAGGUUCAUGUAGUUUGGCCUGCUGAUGGUCAGCAUCUGUGAGAGGUGUAAGAAACCCUCCUAUAUCCUAGCAUCGUGCUUCAAAGCUUUUCUGUUUCUCAGUUUGGUAUUCACGCCACAGUAAUAAUGAGGUGGUUUUGAGCCCUGCAAAAUGGUACUUAAAUCGAUUUUAAAACUUGUUAAUGUUAGCUGCCAUCGGGGAAUAUUGUUGAUCUUUCACAAAGAGUGCUGUCUCUAUUCUGUCCACGCUCUUGGCUUCAGCAGCUAGGUAUGACAAUGGGAACUAUGGUUUCUGUCAUGGUUGUGUGAAAACUUACUGUCUUCGAUGUGUUUUAACUGUCCCUUCAUAGGUGUUCCUUUACAUUCAUUAACUGUGUUUUUUCUCUGGGGUUAACAGGCAGGAAAGACUAAUCAACUUUUCUUGUGCUCUUCGUUAGAAUUUCUUUCUUAACAUAAAUUACUAAUAUAUAAUUUCAGCCAGAAAGACUUGAGCUUGUUAGAGAAAAUUUGCUUUUCACUUUCCCAGUUCUUGCUUACUCCAUAGCAGGUGAGAUGCCUCAAAUUGUUACAAGUUUUCAUAGCUUGUGCUCUUACUGUGUUCAUAAUGUUAAAGUAAUUCUUCCAUAAUCAAAACGCAUCCUUAGAUGUUAACCAGGUUACCAAUUAAAGUCAUGGUUUUCCCAUUAUCUUUAUACCUUGUUCUUAGUCAGGAAAACUUCAAGUAUCCAGGUCACAUGGCAAGGUUACUAAGGAGAAUUUUGAUUGGCUAAGUGUAAGACUAUAGAAAAUCAUUCAUACCGCUUCUUACCAGGAGAACAGUAAAGAACAGCAGCUGUUUGUCCAUACCCAUUCCAAGUGUGUUAGUUUCCUUGGUAAGUCUUAAGUAAAUGUGCUGCUGCUGUUCCUGUUUCAGGAAGUGCUUAGACCAUACUCCUGGUAGAAAGCAAAGUUUGCUAUGCAGAUCUACUGAUGUCUUAUGUUAAGGACUACGGUUUUUAUUUAUAACUUGAUAAAUCAGUUGUUAUUUUAUUUGGAUGCCUUCGUUUGCUAAGGCAGUGCUGCAUCUGCGAUCCCCACCUUUCGUCGUCUAGAGGAAGGGCUACUGCCUGUUGAACUCUGGGCAAUGGAGAUCUGCAGAAGUUACUCAAAUAAUGAAAGCUGCUUACUUCUAGGUAGAGUUCUUAAAGAUGACUCUGCAUUUUUAUCUUUUUUUUAAAAAUGAGUUCUGAUUAGUUCGGUCUGAAACUGAAAACUAAGGCUGGGAAUGUAGCUAAUAUGAAUGAAAAUUCUCUUAUGGAAAAUACAUUUCUCCCAGAGAAAUUUAAUACUCUUAGAAAAAUGGUAAUUGGUAAGGAUAGCAAAGUGUCACGUAUAUUCCCUACCUCCAAGGUAUUGUCCACACAGUACCUAAAUUUUUCUCAUUAGAAAGGCUAGUGCUUUGUAACGCUAAGUAAUGAGGGUUUAUUGGAGUAACAGCUAGCACGUCUACAAAAUGGUUCAUGAGACUUCAGUGUUUAUAAGGAAAUUAUGUAAAUUCAAUGUCACACAUUAUUCGGUAGUUCUCCUGAUUAUGUGGAAGCGAAUGCAACAGCUACAAACCUGCAAGUUGUGAGAUGUUUGACAGUGAUAAACGUUAGUGAGAGUUGAGCAGUCAGGUAAAGCCUAUUCAUAUAAAAUGGGCGUUACUGCAGUACUCCAAAA